AGCUCGACGUACGAGACCCACGUACAGGAGUCGAGGACGCUUCCUAUCAUCGACUAAAGUCAACGCCGGUCUUAUACGAACGGAAAAGAAUAUUAUCGCUGAAAGAAAAGAAACGUAAUUCAACAGAGUUUUUUCUUCAAAGGAUUUAAUUAGUGGACGCGAAGUCGUGAGUGGCACCGUAUAUCAGAUAAAAAAUGACACAGAUAAAAGAGGAUUAAACUGUAGGAAUGUUUGGACAAUGAUGAGAACAAUAUCUACACAGUAAGGAGAGACUUCAGAGCCGACAGGUAUGGCUUGAUUUCCCACCCCGGGGAAGCGGUGGGACAAUACUGUCGGAGGCGCUCAUGUUUCUGUGGAAAAGAAGGAAAGUUUGUUGCGCUGCGCUCGGAUACUAGACUACUUUGUGAGUGGCGAAGGCUGCUGUGACUGAUCCUCAUCUCUGUGGCUGAGCCUGCCUGGUUCGGUGUCGGCUCAGAAGUGUGAACAAUGUCCAAACCCGUGGUAAAGAAAACCCACUGGACCUCCAAAGUGAACGAAUGCACCGUCUGUAAAGAUGCCCGCGGUGACUUGAACGUGUCACUGCGCGGCGGUGCGGAGAACGGAGAGUUCGCAUAUAUUGGGCAAAUUAAGGAGGAUGUGGUGGUUUACAAAAGUGGAAAAUUAAAUGAAGGAGAACUAUUGUUAGAGGUGGAGAACCUCUCGAUUUCGGGAUUACCAUUGUACGACAUACAGACGGUAAUAAAGAACUGCAAAGGUCCCGUGAGAUUGAAAACGGUCAGACAAGGAACCAAGCUGACUAAGGACCUGAAGCAUUACCUGAGCCUGCGCUUCCAGAAGUCGUCGCCUGACCACGAACUGCAGCAGACCAUACGUGACAACCUGUACCGCCACGCAGUGCCUUGUACUACCCGCGCCCCACGUGAAGGAGAAGUUCCUGGUGUGGACUACAACUUCCUCUCAGUAGAGGACUUCCUGGAGUUGGAAAAAACUGGGACUCUGCUGGAAAUAGGAACAUAUGACGGUAACUAUUAUGGGACACCCAAGCCACCAGAGCAGCCCCCAAGUGGGAAAGUGAUCAGCAGUAGCCGUAGUGGCGGUGAUGCCCCACUGCCAGACGGGCUCAGCCGUAGCCUGCCGGGCUCACAGCACUCCACUCCCCAACGAGCCAAGUCCUACAAUGACAUGCAAAAUGCUGGACUAGUGUUUGGAGAGCAGCAGCAGGAGGACGACGAGGACCUCCCUGACAUGAACAGCAGCUUAACAGGAGAUUCUAGUGAAUUAGACGAAAUUCAUCACUCAGUGCGCCCCUUUGCCCCCCGCCAGAGUGACCUGUCCUACCCAGGGACAACCCCCUCACCAUCGGCCACCACGGAGAGCACACAGCAGACACACUCUCACCUGAGCCAUCCUCCCCCGGAGGACCCGCUGGGACCUCUGCCUGACAACUGGGAGAUGGCCUACACCGAGAACGGAGAGGUCUACUUCAUAGACCACAAUACAAAGACCACCUCCUGGAUAGACCCUCGGUGCCUGGACAAACCUCAGAAACCCCUGGAAGAAUGUGAAGAUGAUGAAGGGGUACACACAGAGGAGCUGGAUAAUGAUCUAGAACUUCCACCUGGAUGGGAGAAAAUAGAUGAUCCAGUGUAUGGGGUCUACUAUGUUGAUCAUAUCAACAGGAAGACCCAGUAUGAAAAUCCCGUGCUGGAGGCUAAGAGGCGCAGGCAGCUGGAACAGCAGCAGCCUCAGCCCCAAAGCCAGCAGCCACCUGAAGGUGAGCGCUACAUCCGAGAGUGGAUCGAGGACUCGGCAUUGGCAGGGGCCCCGUUGGCCAGCUAUGCGGCCAGUCACGAGACCUACAGGGACCCUCAGACAGGUCCCCCUGUGCCCAAUGCCAUGGGACAAAAACGAGGGAAGCCUUUCUUUACUAGGAACCGGUCCGAACUGAAGGGGACCUUCAUCAACACCAAACUGAAGAAGAGUCGGCGGGGCUUUGGUUUUACCGUCGUUGGAGGGGACGAGCCAGACGAGUUCCUCCAGAUAAAGAGUUUGGUUCUCGAUGGACCUGCCGCCCUCGAUGGCAAGAUGGAGACAGGGGACGUGAUCGUGAGCGUCAACGACACCUGUGUGCUUGGCUACACUCACGCUCAAGUUGUGAAGAUCUUUCAGUCAAUCCCUAUUGGUUCCAUGGUCAACUUGGAGCUGUGCCGUGGCUACCCACUGCCUUUUGACCCUGACGACCCAAACACCAGCUUGGUUACCUCAGUGGCUAUUCUUGACAAAGAGCCCAUCAUUGUCAAUGGCCAGGAAGUGUCAAACAGCUACAAUUCGCCAUCCAGCCACGGCAGUCAGAGCACCAGCAACGGCCCAUCUAACGGCGGGGUGCCCCUCAACGGCCUUCCCCGACCCCUGAGCCCCUCCACAGAGGUGGCUUCUGAUACCUCUUCCCAGCUCGGUUACUCAAGCGACGUGGUAACCCUGGCCUCUGCCAUCGCAACGCAACCAGAACUCAUCACUGUACACAUGGAGAAAGGAGACAAGGGCUUUGGCUUCACCAUCGCGGACAGUCCCGGUGGUGGAGGGCAGAGGGUGAAGCAGAUCGUGGACUACCCACGGUGCCGAGGCCUCAGGGAGGGUGACAUCAUCGUGGAGGUGAACAAGAGAAAUGUGCAGAGCAUGUCUCACAACCAGGUGGUGGAUCUGCUCAGCAAGUGUCCUAAAGGCAGUGAGGUCACCAUGCUGGUGCAGAGAGGAGUGGCACCUGCAAAGAAGAGCCCAAAACUGGAUUACUAUGAUCUGGCUCCACCAUACAGAGAUUACACUAGGAGGCAGUUGUCAAGGAAGGACAGUCAGAACAGCUCCCAGCAUAGCGUCUCCAGCCACCGGAGUACCCACACAGACUCACCUGUGCACUCGUCCCUGGCACCUCCUCUCAGCGAGAGCAACGCUCCCCCGCCCCCCUCGCAGCCUUUGCCAGGCCUCCCGAGCCAGGACUCCCAAGCAGAAGGGACCAUCCAGAGAAAACCGGAUCCCUUUAAGAUCUGGGCCCAGUCCAGGAGCAUGUAUGAAAGUAGGCUUCCCGACUUCCAGGAGCAGGACAUCUUCCUGUGGAGGAAGGACACUGGGUUCGGCUUCAGGAUCCUCGGAGGCAACGAGCCAGGAGAACCUAUCUACAUCGGCCACAUAGUGAAGUACGGUGCUGCAGAUGAGGAUGGGCGCCUGCGAUCUGGUGAUGAGCUGAUAUGUGUGGACGGCACAGCGGUGGUGGGCAAGUCGCACCAACUGGUGGUGCAACUGAUGCAGCAGGCUGCCAAGCAAGGCCACGUGAACCUCACUGUGCGGCGCAAAACCGGCUACGCAGUUAAAGCUGAGGGAGAUGUACCUCCAUCACCAGCCUCUUCGCACCACAGCAGCAACCAGGCGCCCAGUUUGACAGAGGAUAUAGGAAAGCGCACCUUACAGGGCAGCCAGAAUUCCCUGAACACUGUCAGCUCCGGCAGCGGCUCCACCUCCGGCAUCGGCAGCGGCGGAGGAGGCGGACCCAUUGUGGGAGGCAGUGGGAACAUUGUGGUCGCUGCUGCAGCUGCCACCACCUCUUCUCAGCCCCCCCCUAACACCACCUCCACUGUUUCCUCCUCCUCCGCUCUGCAGCCCUACGAUGUGGAGAUCCGCCGCGGGGAGAAUGAAGGAUUUGGAUUUGUCAUCGUCUCAUCAGUGUCCCGGCCCGAAGCGGGCACCACUUUCGCUGGAAAUGCAUGUGUGGCCAUGCCUCACAAAAUAGGGCGCAUUAUUGAGGGGAGCCCAGCGGACCGCUGCGGAAAGUUGAAGGUUGGCGACCGCAUCCUGGCUGUCAAUGGAUGCUCCAUCACCAACAAGUCCCACUCGGACAUCGUCAACCUCAUCAAGGAGGCUGGGAAUACCGUCACACUACGCAUCAUUCCUGGAGAUGAGUCAUCAAAUGCAUCUUUGUUGACAAAUGCAGAGAAGAUCGCCACUAUAACCACCACUCACACACCUCAGCAACAGGCUGCACCUGAGGCCAGGAACACCAAACCAAAACAGGAAUCUUUUGAAUUCAUACCCCCUCAAGGACCCCCUCCCCAGCCACCAACCCAGCAAGCUUCACCUCAGGAUGCUGAGUUCUACUCGGCGGACCUGGAGCGAGACAGCAAAGGCUUUGGCUUCAGCCUGCGAGGAGGCAGAGAAUACAACAUGGACCUGUAUGUUCUGAGGCUCGCCGAGGACGGAGCAGCUGUGCGCAAUGGAAAGAUGAGGGUCGGCGAUGAAAUCUUGGAGAUCAACGGCGAGAGCACCAAGGGGAUGAAGCACGCACGAGCCAUCGAGCUCAUCAAGAACGGAGGCCGACGCGUCCAUCUGGUGCUCAAGAGGGGUGACGGCUCUGUGCCUGAAUAUGACGGCACCCCCAACGACAGCAGCGCUGCCGAGCCAGCCGCAGGGUUACAAAACGCUGCGGAAGUGAGGACCCUGCCCCCAACCAACGCACCAUCAGAGUCAAGCUAUCCACCAGAACCCCAGCAACCAUCCCGGAGCAAGACGGAGCCGAGCCGCCGUGCUAAGGGCACUGGCAAGCACCACCGUUCCAACCACCGCCACCACUCCCCCAACAAAUCCGGCACAGGAAAACACAAGGGAAGGAAGUCCGCGGGGAAGGAUCUGCCCAAGCUAUCCAAGAAGGAUGAUAAGAAAAGUGACGGCCACCGCCACCAUUCUAGUGGACACCAUCGUAGCCGCCACCGCUCAGCUAAUAAGAGGCACAGGUCGCACAGUGCGGAAAAUACCCUGGAUAGCCGACAUGGGGGACACCAUCACCGGGGCCGCUCUCCGGAUCGGCACCGCCGUCACCGUUCCCCUCACCGUUCCCCUCACCGCUCUCCUCGCCGAUCUCCCCAUCGCUCUCCUCACCGCUCACCUCACCGUCACAGGUCCCCACACCGCUCUCGGCAUCACUCCCCCACAAGACGUCGCCACCACUCCACAGACCCCUACCGUCGCCACCACUCCACAGACCCCUACCAGUUUGCCGCCCCAGAGAUGCAGAACCGCACCAAUGAGAAGCCAACUGGAAAUGAGGCCGUAUUGAAGGAGCCAGUCAAGUCUUCUGAACCCAGCCUCCCUUUCGAGGACAGCAUCCUUCGUGAGUCCUCAUCACUGGACCGCCUGAACAGAGAAGCCACGCUUCCGCUGCUGCGAAGAGAGGAUCGCCUGCUGAUGAGAGCCUCCUCCAUGGAGAGGGCCUACAGAGGGAACAGACUGCUGAGUGACAUGGCAUCCCGGGACCAGACGGAUUUCUACAGAGGAGACAGACUGCUAAAGGACAUGGCACCCCGGGACCAGAAAGAUUUCUACAGAAACGCUCCCCUGCCUAGAGUCCACACCCCUGAUUCAGAUUCAGAUUACCAGAGAUAUAGCUCGCUGCUGAGGGGGCGUUCACCAGCAUUGAUGGAGAGGGAUGGGCGUUACGGCAGCCGAGAUAGCACUCCUGAACCUCGGUAUCGAGCCCACAGCCUGGGACGAGACAUCUCCCCAAUCAGGAGCUUCAGCAGGGACGACUCGGAGGACGAAGAGGACGAUGACCAUUUUGUAGCGGCUAAAGUGAGAGAGUACUACAGCACGCUCAAGACCAACACCAGUCGCUCGUCCAAGCCCGCACUCCCUGAACCUAAGAAGAUGUACAAGGAGAAUCCCAAAGACCUGAGCAUCUGAUUGGAAAGCUGUCAGCCAAUCACAGAAACAACCCACGCAACACCUCAAGAACUCACCUCCAUUAUCACUUGGUUCUACAGGAAUGCACCUACUUGUGUACAUGUACUUACACACUACACCUCAACACACACACAUCCAACACAGGUUCACUCACAUAAACACAAAGUUGUGUUACUAACAAGACAGUGAUUCCAAAAUAACUUUUAAAACCUUUUUUUUCUUGUUUUUCUUUAGACAUUCUACAUUUACAGACUUUUACAGAAAAUAUAAAACCAGAAAAAACAAUGAUGUGCCUAACAGUUCCAUUAACAAGCAGCAUUUUUGACUUGAUAUGUUGAGGGCGUUUUGUACCCCACUGUCAGACGAUGAAAUGUAUGUACUUAUCCACGAAGGUCCUAUGGAAGUACUGCGCACCUGGACCACCACUGCCGGUGCUCCCAACGAUGCUGUGCAUGUCUUUACCGGUUUCAGUGUCUCUUUCUCUAUAUUGUCCCUUCUGCCUUCGUUCACACACACUCUCUCUUAUCUCCCUCCUCCCAGUGCCACUGUUUUUUAGACAUUUGACCAGACUAUAGCACAAGCCUGCAUUUGUUUGUAUAUUUUUGACAGUUUGCAGUAUGUGUACAUUCAGAGGUGAUCAUUUUCAAUGAAGGGAAAAUUAAAAGUUGAACUAUGAUGAUGACGUUAAAAUAAAAUAAUAUAUUCAACAAAUGAAAAUGUG